AAAAUAGGCAACAUAUACUUUGAUACAUGUAUGUUUAUUUGUACAGGCUAUGACAACAACAAUGGUUACAACACAUAAUUGUAAACAGCAAAAUAGGUGAAGAGUAAAUUUGCAAAAGAUGCAGAUUCACAGUCAUUGAUCUUUUCAAGAAGGCGCCGCCUAUUGUCGCUACAUGCGAGGUCAUCCUUGGCGACUCCACAUCUUAUAAAUAGCUUUGAUGUCUGUUUAACUUCUGAUUUUAUGAAACGAACAAACGCACAUGUGCAAACUUAAUGGCAUGCCUACAUUGCCUGAAUAUUUCUACCAUUAUACAAUCAUUGGAUGUUGCCAUAAAUCAAAAAAAAAAUUACAACAAUGGCAAUACAAAACACAAGACAUGCAAAACACCAAGUAAGAACGGUAAAACAAUGUACAAUAAUAUAGUUAUUUGCAUAGGAUAAUAUGACUUUAGUAGUUUAGACAGUUAGAAUUAUAUACAAAUAGCCUGCUAAUAUAUAAAUAUAUAUGACUAUGAAUCCAUAAGACGUUUCCCAAUUCAAUACGGUAAAAUACUGAAUUAGCCUAACAGUUCUGAUUAGACAUUGGACUCAGAUUUUGGUGAAGCAUUUUUGCCUGUCCCGUCUGCAUUGCAUCAGACACCACAGCCCGGGGAAGCCGCUUGAAUGCACUCCAAAUGUAGGCCUGUUAUGGGUUGAUUUCAAUGACCAAACUGUGUAUUUAUAGUGUAAAAUGUUUUUAUGACGACUAAUUGUUGACACAACUAUACUCGAGUUGUGAGAUUUUAAAUAGACCUUGUUAGUUGGCCUCCGUAGAACCUGACUAGACUCUAUUUGAACUAGGAAUUACAAACGAAGGAAAACAGAAACUGGACAACACCUCUUUUAGUCUAAUAAAAUAGCACGUUUUAAAUAACAUUGAGUAAAUUUGCUACAGAAAUAGACUACAAUUGAUGUUAUAUCGUGGGUACGAUAAUAAUUUAUAAGGUAUGAUAAAGCGAAAAAAAUUGCUUGACUACCCAACUUCUGUUGGAUCCGGAUUUCUGUCCUCAAUGUUGAACAAAAUGGAGCGAGUACAUGGUCUGCCUAAAGAGUAAGGCCUUACCUUCAGCACACUGAGUGUGCCUUCAUGGUAGCCAUGCCUGCCUGUCUCCUUAUCCCCGUGCGUAAAACUGUACAAAUGGCGCAAACGAGAAAUGUAAAAUGAAGUAACUGUUGAACGAUCAUCCGUGAAUUCUUUUUUUGGUAAAAAAAUUACAAUUGACGCAUUCAUGCGUCUAACAUUCCGUUCCUUCCCCCGAGUAAACACGGCCUUACGACCUUACUGGUUGGAAUAGACUAUUGUUUGAGCUAAAGCCAGGCCUCUUGAUACGUGGUAGGUUAUCUACAAAUACAACUUUACUGUAGAGGACAAAAAGGCCUGUGUGUAUUUUAAUUGCUGAAAAGACGAUAAGAGUUUUAAUUCAACAUGCAUUUGGACAUUCGUGAAAUCUUUUACCACUGUGCAGUUGUUCCACCGCGUAAAAAAAUAAACAAGACGUUUUAAUUCAAAAGAUAGGGUGCCUACAUGUUGAAUAUCUUUUCCGUCAAUGUGAAACUACACGGAUUACAUAUGGUCGCAGAGGAAAAACACAGCCUAAUUAAAUUAAUCUACUCACAGCACGCAAGGCAACCAUACCCUGUCGCUCUCGCCUAGAGACCUUCAUAAGCCCUACCACGCAUGUACGUGCACAGAAAUACACAACCUUCAUUCAGCUUUUCUCCUUUUUACUUAUUGGACGGAUUUGUAGGCUAUAUCUGGCUGACACCUCAGUAGGCUAUAGCCCAUCUUCUGAGCAGCUAAUCAACACCUUGAAAUACCAAACCAUUACCUGUAAAGAGAAAAGAAAGAGCGUGUAGAAGCCUGAAAUCCUUCUUUGAGUUUCCUGAGAGAAAUACCAGACAAUGUUCGAAUAUCGUGCCUCUUGACCUUAUAUGGCAGUGUGGGUGCAGCGCUCGCAGUCGCUUGGCGACUGACCAGAAUCUCAGAUUACUUGUGGCUGCCUAGACCUUUCUAGAUCCGUCAGCUCAGCUGCUGGUCUGCAACCAAGCUACGGGUCUAAAUGCGCAAUGCAAUGUCACUACAUUCUGAGAAUUACAAGAUUUUUUUUUUCUCUCCAUUUCGGCUUUCACCCACAACGUACACCUACACCAGUCGAAGCAAUUUAUCAUCGUGUAUCCAUUACAUUCGAAAUACUUAUGAGCGAACAAAGACCUGAAGGGGGAAACGCAGCACUCUUUUUCGAGUGACUGAGUCCUCGCCCAGCUAUGGCGCAGUUACUUUACCAACACACAGUACUCCCCUUUGUCUGUGAAGAAGCCAUUUUGAAGCUGCGAACAGCAGAGAAGCCAUUAAACGACAGUAGCCUACUAAAAGUACUUUUUUGGACAAAGCGUGGCAGAGACAUGUCUACGAGAUUAAUUUUAUCCUGAAAUGUACUUCAAUGUUCUCAGUUAAGAUAACACUUUUGGAUUACAUUUAGUAAUUCGUUGUAAGUUACCAAUAAUAAUGUUAUUGAAAUAACACAUACUAAAAUGUACAAAAGACUAUUCAAUAGUAUGAACGUUUUUGUUGAGAAAUCUUACAAUUUGCUAAUCCAGUUGUGGUUAAUUCCUGACAAUAAGACCAUGUUCAAUCUUUCCAAAAACGAAUGCUGUCAAUCAGGUUAAAAUGCAUUACCUUUGAAAAGGCAGACUUUCUGUUGCAGUGGCCUAUUUUAAAUAAAGUAGCCUCACAGUUAGAAUCUUGAAAUUUAACGAAGGUUAAGAAUUUGACUGCAAUCCUGUCUUCAGGAAGAGAGGAGAUGUCACCCCACUCCACCUUAAAGACAUUAUUAGACGAUCCGAAGAUGGGAGUUAAUACGUUCCUUUUUCCUCUGCAUUUAGGCCUGAUGUAUGUAUUACAUCAAAGCAAGGUAAAUAUUUUCAUUAGUUUUCUCCAUGCUCCCGUGGAAACUGUCAAUACUUUGAGCCUUAGUAGCCAGUUUAAAUGAAGUGUGACUGUAUUUGCAGAUAAACUGAAAUAUGCCCUUGAAGCAAGGUCAUUUUAUUUUUCAUAAGCGUUUAUAACUCCACAUUGCAUAUAUCCAGGCAACCCCUCCACAUCCCCUUUCCCUUAUCAUUAACAUACACAAAACGUGUCAUCUACAUUUUGUAGCCUGUGGUCAUCCUUUGACACAAGAAUACUUACUGACUUUCAGGGUAUUAUAAAGGUCCCUGUUGUGUAACCAUGGUGUAUCAUGUGAAAAAAUAUCAUGUGUAGAAGUUACAAGUCUGGAAUGUAGAAAAACUAUCAAAGGGGGGUUAGUCAGGAAUCAACUGCCAAUUUCCAGUCAACAUGAUUAAGCAUUGCUGUUAAGGGCCAUUGCUAUCUCUGUCUGGCCUGCUUUCUUUGCAGACGUUAGAGGAGCAUUGAAUCUAGCCUCAAAUGUCAUUACCAGUGAGGAUCUAUACAGCAUGCCAAUGAAGGUUUUGAAAAGUCAAGUUGGCAUUUAUACUUAUAUCAUUGUUCCUACAUGAGGCAUUUGAUAUAAGUUAAUGAGGUUAAAAAAUUAUGGUAUUUUAAUUACAGUACUGAAUAUUUGAUACAGCUUUUCUACAAAUAGAAAUGAAUAAAAUGUUGAACUUACUCAUUGCUAAAUCUUACAAGGCCAAAACAGUGCAAUGUCAGUUAUAUGCCAUUACACACUCUAAUUAUAUCUGUGCUUUUUUCUCAACAACACCUUCAAUCAAGCUGUUUAUUCACUAUACUUUUUUUUUCUUUUUACUUUAGAAACACAUACUAUUUUUAUGGGUGUGCCAUGACCUAGUUAAGACAAAGAUGGAUUCCAGGCAGAGGAAAAAAAAGAUUCAAAAUGUCAAAGGGAUAACAUCCAGUACUUUAUCUUCCUUCUUCUCAAUCCUUUCAAUGAGGAAUCAUUGUAAUUUAUCAUAUAGUCCAUUGAGAGAUGAGGAAAUCAAGUAUAAGAUCCCUUUUGGAACAAAGGAAACCCAUAUUGGCCUCAGAGUCCCUUUUCAGGAAAAUGGCCGCUGAGAGCGCACAGCCCCCUCUCUCUGCUCUCUGUUGAAGGAUUCCUCAACUGUGCCUCUAAUAGCUGAAGCCGAAAUGGUGCUUGGAUCUGAUUGGCCGGCGGAACAGCUACUGUUAACCAGCCAAUUGCCCAAGCACUGCAAAAUAUCAAGCAUAAUGUGCAAGGGCACAACAAUUCACACAAAAGCUAAAUAGGACAUGCGGAUUAUUUAUACAAAUUGCAAUGAGAAUGAAACAGGUAAUGAUGGUAAUAAUCAAUAGGCUAUCAGCUUUUGCAUAUAGCCUGUGUAUAGGCUAUAAUAUUAACGAGUUGCAAACCACCGUGAACGCUACUCAAAGAAUAAUCUCUUAAAUAAAAAAUAUUUAACAUGUUUACUUAUAGGUGGUGUAAGAAGCGAUAUUUGGCGGUGUUUUUCGAGAUAUUAAUGAGCUAAGAAUGGGAAGCAAUCCCUUAACAACAGUACUCGGAUCCGAUCUUAAUGCAACCUUACGUGGAAGCAGAAAAUACCAGCAGACCUCAGGUCGGCGCGUAACCUAAAAAGGAGCCCUCUGGAUCCAUCUUGUGUUUGCCGCUGAAGUAAAUGCAAGAAGUAGAUUCGACACUUACUAUAAAUCCCUCGUUCAAGCUACAGGGCCAUUAAACAUAUCUUUUUAAAUAUGUAAGCAUAAUAUAUUUUUAUAGUGAUAAAUAAUUUUCGUAUAGUUUGUAGUACCCUGCCAAUAUUAAAGACAGUAGACAUAGCCAAAGAACUUGGUAUCGAAAGUGCGACUGGAACGAGGGGUUGCCAAGCUCAAUAGUGGUGUAUUGUGGGAGAGACAGAAACCCCAGACUAGAGGCACACAAUAUGUGUUGGCUCGCAAAAAGGAGGCAGUAUCCUUUAAAUCAUGUAAUGUAAUCAGCGAAAGGUGAACGAUCUUGCCGUUUGAUUAAUUAAAAACAGUCGAUCGGGCAAAUCAUGUCCAAGCCAGGGGAAAGAAACAGAGUAAACGAAGACCAUGGCAGAAAGCUGAGUUCAAGUUUGGCGAACGGCAUGGACAACAGCCAUCCCGUUUGCAGUUCGGGGGAGAAAAGAAGUCACCAUUGGAAAAGUUACAAGUUGAUUAUUGACCCAGCGUUCCAGAAAGGAUCGCCAAAACUGUAUCGCUACGAUGGACAGACUUUCAGUAUGCCCAACCCUGGAAUGUCACCGGUGGAUAGCGUUCGAGACCCUAGAAUCGGUCGCCACUGGUCCAAGUACAAGGAGACUGAUCUCCCGGUUCCGAAAUUUAAGAUCGACGAAUGUUACAUCGGCCGCGUGCCUCCAAAGGAGGUUACAUUCGCGAAGCUGAACGAUAACAUCAGAGAGUCGUUUUUAACCGACAUGUGUAAGAAAUUUGGAGAUUUAGAAGAGGUGGAAAUUCUGUAUAACCCGAAGAACAAAAAACACUUGGGAAUUGCCAAGGUCGUUUUCGGAACGGUGAAAUCAGCCAAGGAGGCCGUCCAGAGUCUAAAUAACACGUCUGUCAUGGGCAACAAAAUCCACGUGGAGCUAGACCCUAAAGGGGAGAGGCGACUGAAGUUCUUUCAUCUCCUGACGGACGGUAGCUACACGCCGCAGACCCUGCCCGUGGGCGAAGAAGUCCGGCUGUCACCUCGCAGCCUGGCUGAGGCUCUCAUGGCGUGCGAGCCUCUCCGCAGGCUCUCGGAGGGCAGCUCCUCGGCCGCGGGAGGACCCUCGACCCCCGUGAGCACCACCACCCCACUCUCGGUGGACACGGCCUACUCCAGCGUCCGGCAGGACACGCCCCAGUCCCAGGGGACGCCUCGACAGACGGGCACCCCCUUCUCUCAGGACUCGAGCUACUCCAGCAGGCAGAACACGCCGGCCUACCAGUCCAGCCGAGCUGAAGGCUCCAGCAGCGGCUACAAGCCCCGCCGCCACGAGACCAAGUUCCAGGAUGCCUACAACCGGCGACCAGAGAGGCGCUACGUCCACGCCACCGGUAGCUCCUCCUCCACCUCGUCCUCCUCAUCCUACCGAGGCAAUGGCUCCGACGCUGCCCCCUUCAAGCAGAACCAGCCACCCCCACCCGAACCCCCGCCCAGCGCCUCUUCCUUCGCCCACACGCCGCCUCCCCCCGGCAACUUCAAGUCAGCCUACUCUCCGUACCAGGCCCCCAUGCCCCCCGCUUUCCCCGCCUCCAAACCUCCGUUUCACCAGCCCGCUCAGAGAGAGGCGGAGUACCCCCGGCCCCCGCAGCCUCCUCCUGUUGUCGCCACCGACAAGCCCGAGACCCCCCCCAUCCCGGAGCCCCCCCCCGAGCCCUCCUCCCACCCCAGCACCCCCCCGCCUCGGACCCCAGAGCGCUGCCCCUCCCCCAGCACCCCCACCCUGGACUCGGAGCGGCACAGCCUGGAUUCGCGCAUCGAGAUGCUCCUGAAGCGCAAGCUGCCCUUCCUGGCCGAGCGCGACUCGGACAACGAGGUGAAGAUGGAAGGUAGCCCCAUCUCGUCCUCGUCCUCCCAGCUGUCCCCCAUCCCCCCCUACGUGGGCGGGCCCCCUGGCCCCCAGCGCCCCUCCAGACCCUCCAGCACUGGCCUGGAGGACAUCAGCCCCACGCCGCUACCCGAAUCCGACGACGAGGAGCUCAUCCCUGGGACCGCCCCGCUGCUCAAGAGGGCAAGCUCUCCAGGCCCGGAGAAGUCCGUUUCCGACGACCUCAAAGACAGUCGUCUUGGAAACCACACCCCCACGGAAAAAAUGGACACGAGCAACCACUCGUCAGGGGAGGACAUGGAGAUCUCCGACGACGAGAUGCCCGGCUCGCCCGUCGCCAGCGGGGACUGCGCCAAGGGCAUCGUGGUCAACUCAGCCGUGUCCCCCAUGCACCCCCAGUCCAUCCCCAUCCCUCCCCCGGGAUUCCCCCCUCUCCCCCCCCAAGCCGGCUUCCCCCUGCCGCCCCCGCACCUGCCCCCCCACUCCUCGGUCCCCGGCCCCCACCCUCCUCACAUGGCCGGUCCUGGAGUGCCCCACCCCAUGCUGCCCCACCUGCCCUACCCCCCGGGCAUGGUGCCCAUGAUGCAGAUGGACCUCAUCAGCUGCCUCCCCCAGUGGAGCAGCGUCCACAUGUCCUUCCAGAUGCAGACCCAGAUGCUGAGUCGCAUGGCCCAAAGCCAGAGGCCCUACCCCUACCCCCACUUCAUGGGGGCGGCCGCAGCCGGGGCGGGAGCCAUGGCCUUUGGGGGCCCCUACCAGCCCCUGGCCAUGGGGGCCAGCCCCGCGGCGAACGCGGCUGUGCCGGGGCAACCCUGGCCACUUCCCAGCAUGCCAAAGUUCAACCCGGCGGUUCCCCCUCCCGGCUACGAGGCUAAGAAGGAAGACCCGCACAAGGCCACGGUGGACGGAGUCCUGCUGGUCAUCAUGAAGGAGCUCAAGGCCAUCAUGAAGAGGGACCUGAACCGCAAGAUGGUGGAGGUGGUGGCCUUCAGGGCCUUCGACGAGUGGUGGGACAAGAAGGAACACUCUGCCAAGGCAUCCUUAACCCCGGUGAAGGCUGGGGAGGGGAAGGAGGAGGACAAACCCAAGCCCAAAGAGACAAUGGGCUCCAGCCUGCUGGAGAACUGGAACAAGGGCGAGGGCCUGGGCUACGAGGGCAUGGGCCUGGGCAUCGGCCUCCGAGGGGCCAUCCGCCUGCCUUCCUUCAAGGUGAAGAGGAAGGACCCCCCCGAGGCGUCGUCCACGGGCGACACCAAGCGGGCGAGGCCGUCCACGCCCGCUGACGACGAGCUGGAGGACGACGGGCAGACCGACCUGCCGUCCGACGGCUCCAAGCUGGACGGGGACAGCGCGGCGGCGCGGCGCAGACACGCCCGGCCCCUGGAGCUGGACAGCGAGGGCGAGGAGGAGGAGACCUCGGGGAAGGAGGAGGAGGAGGAGUCUCUGUCGGAGAGGGAGGAGGAGCCUGACGAGACGGAGGUCUCUGAGAGGCUGUCGUCGGGCAAGGAGAGUGGUGAAGAAGAUGGGGCGGACUCAUCCAGUGACUCGCGUCAAGGAUCAUCCGAUUCUUCGGACGAAGAUGCAGCUAGCUCUGCCUCGGGCAAGGCAGACUCGGACUCGUCAGCAGAGAGCGGAGACUCGUCGGACUACGAGUCGAGCUCGGAGGAAGAGGAGGAGGAGGACGAGAUGGCGGUGGAUGUGGAGUCCGAGAAAGGAGAGGACCGGCUUCGGUCCUUGUCCUCCUCCUCCUCUUCCUCGUCUUCCUCCGACGAGGAGGCGGAGGAGGCGGAGGAGGAGGUGGUGUCCAAAGCUCCCAGCACGCCCACGGGCCCGCCGCCCAAGGAUGAGCCAUGUGAGGAGGACCAGAGUCUGGGCAAGGGAGCGGGCCGCAAGGUCAAGCCCAACCACAUGGCCAUGGUCGAGGGGCAGGAGGCGGCAGGGUCUGGCCGGACCACCCUGGAGGACGUCUGGCCAUUGUCGCCCAAGGGAGUCCCAGUCGAAGAGCCAGAUAUGGAUCUUGAAGUCAGCAUUCCUGUACCCGCGUCCGAACCCCACGAGGACGUUGAGAACGUACGUCCACCCACUCCCACGGGAUCCCUCGCCGACAGCGACCAGGACACUCGGCCCAAGCCCCGCCCACAGGACGAGGAGCUACCCUGCACCACCACCCCUAAAGCCCUCCCCGUCCCCUCCACGCACCUCCCCCUGCCUCCUACCCCCACCCUGGAAACUCGCUCCCUGCCCCUGCCGCCCCCCGGCCCCCUGACCGAACUCCUCCUGCCCCGGCCCCGGCUCCCCACGGACGAGGACACCCCUCGCACCCCUGGCCGGGACCUGAUGGAGCGGGCGGGGCUGGGGAAGUCCCAGAGCACUGAAACGGUGCCCAACACACCCGGCUGCGAGACCCCGCUCACGGGUAACAGCCUGACGCUCAGCUCGCCCCACGUCCUGGGCAGCCCCUUCCCCUACCCGGCCCAGUCGCCCGUCCUGAGCGCGGGCAUCCCCCGCACCCCCGGGAGAGACUUCACCUUCGCCCCCACCUUCCCCGACCCGGCGGCGCUGGCCGCCAGUCUGGCCAGAAAGGCCUCCUCCGAGAGCCUGGAUGAGCGGCCUGUCUUCAAGGAGCCCCCGCUCGGCACGUUGUUGCCCAGCCUGCCUCUGUCUGUCCCCUCCCUGCAGGAGCCCCCCCACGGCCCCCCCACAGCCGAGCCCCCCCUCGUCCCCGACGCCACCCCACCCAAGCGCAAACCCGGCAGACCGAAGAACAAGAAGACGCUGGCGUCGGCGCCCCCUGCCGUGACCUCGGAGCUGCCGUUGAGCUCCAUGCCCCCCUCCCUGCCCCCCCAUACCCAGGCCCUCGCCAACGCAGCCCUUCCGGACGCCGUCAGCCGUGCCGGCCUGGACGCCACCGCCAAGGGGCUGGACUUCCGGGAAGCAGAGGCGGAGCCUCAGACGACGACGGUUGUGAAGUGCGAGGACGGCAUCCUGCCCUACGAGGACGAGGAGACCCUCGUCAAGCAGGUCCGGCGGCCGCGGAGGGGGUGGGAGGAGCUUCUGCUGGACAGCCUGUCCCCCGCCACCACGCCCUCGCGGCCCUGCUUCGCCCCGCGCUCCGAGUUUGAGGAGAUGACCAUCCUGUACGACAUCUGGAACGACGGUAUCGACGAUGAGGACAUUCGCCACCUGCAGGUGACCUACGACAAGAUGCUGCAGCAGGAUAUAGGCAACGACUGGCUCAACGACACCCUCUGGGUCCAGCACCCUCCUACCAACAUCCCGGGGACAAAGAAGAAGAGGCGAGAUGAUGGCAUGAGGGAUCACAUGACCGGCUGUGCGCGUAGCGAGGGCUACUACAAGAUCGACAAGAAGGACAAGAUCAAAUACCUCCAGAGCACCCGCCUGCUCUCCGACGAGCCCCCAGUCGACACCCAGGGGAUGAGCAUCCCUCCCCAGUUCCACGGCUCCACCAGGGCGGGCUCGGAGCGCCGCUCAGAACAGCGUCGCCUGCUGUCCUCCUUCAGCUGCGACAGUGACCUGCUCAAGUUCAACCAGCUCAAGUUCCGCAAGAAGAAGAUUCGCUUCUGUAAGUCGGGCAUCCACGACUGGGGCCUGUUCGCCUUGGAGCCCAUUGCUGCUGACGAGAUGGUGAUUGAGUACGUCGGCCAGAACAUCAGACAGGUGAUCGCUGACAUGAGGGAGAAGCGCUACGAGGAGGAGGGCAUCGGGAGCAGCUACAUGUUCCGCGUGGACCACGACACCAUCAUAGACGCCACCAAGUGUGGCAACUUCGCCCGCUUCAUCAACCACAGCUGCAAUCCCAACUGCUACGCGAAGGUGAUCUCCGUGGAGUCCCAGAAGAAGAUCGUCAUCUACUCCCGCCAGCCUAUCAACGUGAACGAGGAGAUCACCUACGACUACAAGUUCCCCAUCGAGGAUGAAAAGAUCCCCUGUUUAUGCGGAGCGGAGAACUGCAGGGGCACGCUGAACUAGAGCAGAGACGCUUCCAGCAACGACGAGCACUGUCCCUAAACAUGGCCGCCCACGCUACCCUGGACGACGCACACGGAGACUCCAUGCCAAAAUGUCGACACGGUGAUGGAAGAUGGGGGAGGAGACGGCUGAAGAACCCGGGUUCGAAGACCUGCAAGUCAUCUGGGUUCAGUGCAGUUUUCCUAUCUGGGACUCUUAUAUACACACAUUCACUCAAGAUUGUUUACGAUUUCAGGUGCUUCUUCAACAGACACAUACUCUGCCAGUGACCCGGACAAUACUAAGCACUGUACCGACGGACUCCCUGGUCCGGCACUCUAAACCUUCCCUCUUCCCUCUGUGUAUGUUCGACUUGGUUCCACUUCGGCUCUCAUCCUGGGUUUGUUUCCCAUACUCUCACUUUCCUCAUAAGCUUUAUGGUGUAUAUGUGUGGUACGUGACCCCCCCCCCCCCCCCCCUUAACACACUUACACAUAUACACACAUACACACACAUACAUACACACGUGCACACGCACACACCCAAACCUCCCUCCUAGCUGCUCAUUGAUACUGUAAAAACACACAAGGAUAACACUUCCCCUCGAUGUAGGAGGGGCCUGUCACACUAUUCCCCUGGGUCAGAGGUCAGGUUACUGACACCUGUUGGGAUAUCAGCUGACACCAGUGCUUUCGUAGCAGAUGCAGAUUUGAGGCGCACACGACGGUUACUUGUGCCACGUGUUCACAAAUCUGUGUUUGUGUGGAGGCCGUCGUCCCAUCGCUCUACACACACACACACACACACACAGAAACACACCCCUCUUACCAGCAAAUACCAUAUCAUGCUGCUGCCUGUGACUUUAUGCAAAUUCUAGGUAUAUGGAUUCAAAGAUUUACAAAAGGUAUUAACGCUCUUGCUGUAUUUUUCCACUCUUUUUGCUCUCGCUCUCCUCUUGUCUCUUCUAAGACACUUUAGUGUGUGUGUGUGUGUUUUCUGCGUGUGCACGUGAAGGCAAAAUAUGUGUGUGCUGCCCUCUAUAGGCAUACUUUAGAAUAGUCAAUUGAAGAGAGGGGGGGAGGACACACACAUAACAUGGGUACUUUGAGGAACUGAAGGUUUAACCAUGCAUCACUAGUGUUAAGUCCUUGGAAAGGCAGAGCUCACUGUGCUUUUGUGGAGGUUUAAGUCUCGUUGAACCCAGACUCAAUGUAACCCCAGCCAGUGUCCCAUCUCAAACUGUCGUCUGUCACGUAACACGGAUGUUGGGGACGGGCCUGGCUGUGGGACAAUCAAAGGUGGGCAUCAUGAUGACGACGACGACAAUGAUGAUGGUCAUGCAUAGAAGCAGUAUUCUAAGUGCCAUAUGCAUGGAUACCUUCCAGAGUUCUCAAACAGGGAUGUCUCUGAAAGCUGUCUGUAGCUGUUGUGUUUAACCCUCACACACUACACACAAUGAAAUGACAAGAAAGGGUUAAAAACAAAUAUUAUUUUAACCUGUGAGCGAAUGUGUUUGUUGUGGAUGAGGUCUGUGUGUGCAUGUUUGCUUUUGUAACUGUCGGUUUCCUUCGCUUGUGACGGCGAAGACGAUGGGUCCCGUCCCGUCCCCCAUAUGUCUCGUCGUGUCUCAGCUCGUUGGCCCCUCCCACCCCAGUAUUGUACCUAGCUUACACCAGUGUUCCUGAAAGGUCGCCUAGCACCUCGCUCUCUUUGCUUCUUGCCCCCCCCCCCCAGGCUCCAGUCCACAGUUAGUCUUGUCCUCCUGUGGUCACAUGGUCUCUGUCAUUUGCAGGAUGUGAACACCGUCUUCAAUGCAUCAGAGGCUUGCACUUCCUGUAUCGCUCUUGUCUCCCCAGCCAAUCCAGAAUCCUCCAAGACCAAGUCAGUCAUUGCUUCCUGUUCAUUGUGAUGUCAUGCUUUUGAAGGAUGUUUUUUUAACGGCAGUGGUGUUUAUUAUGUACAGGCUCACUUGUAAAUCAGAUCUGAAGCUUCUUUUUUUAUCACAACAGGGGAGUACUUAUGAUGCAUCUUUCCUUUUUUAUUAAACAAAAAAUGAGUAUUUAAGAAGAUAUUUUCAGGGAUCUGUGAAAAGGAAUUUCUAAAGUUAAACAAGGGUUGAAAUUGUUUAUUUAAAGCAAAGGUCCAUCUUGUACAUAUUGAUAGCUCCUCUUCCCUUUUGAAAGAUCGUUUCUUGUAGAAACUUCUUCAUUUUCUGCCCAUUUUCUUUGUAAUCUUAUUAAAAUGUGUAAAUACUUUAACUGUGAAUAUAUAUAUUUUUGUUUUGGGGGAUUUGCUACAUAAACACAGCUCAGAGAAAUAUGUAUUAAUUUGAGUGUGCUUUGAGCUGGUGGCAGUAUUUUCAGCUUGUGUCAAGCUUUAUUUUUUAUUUUGUGUUGUAAAUUCUAUGAAAACUUGUUUGCAGUGUGAGUGACAGAUACAAUGAUGUUGCAGAAAUGGUAUGGGAAAGGGGCGGAGCCACCAGCCUGCUUCUCAUGUCUAUUUAUUACACAACAAAUGUAUUAAAAAGAAAAUCAUGGAAAAUAAAGGCAUUUUUUUUCAAGCGA